CCGGACACGCCCCUUCCGGCGAAGGCCCCGCCCCCGCCCCGCCCCGCCGCGAGCUCGGCCCCGGGUCCUCGGCGCCGGCCGGCAGCUGCGUCUCCCCCGCCGCUCUGAGGUCACCGACAGGGCCGGGCUGUGGGGGGCGGAGGGACGGAGGGAAGAUGGCGGCCGCGGCCGGAUAUUGGCGCCGCCUCCCCCAAUCCUGGAGCCGGCGCAGAUGAGGCGGCUCGGUUGGGGCCAGCGGCGCUUUGGAACCGGAGCUGGGGGGACCUGGCGGUGGGGCCUGGCCCUGCUCUAUGCCGGCGCCUCGGCUCGAGUGAGCAGCGGCGGAGGCGACGCCGCUCCCCUGUCGCGGUGAGGCCGAGCGGGCGGCUGGCGGCAGAGGCGGCGGGGCCGGGAUGGAGGACGUUAACUCCAAUGUGAACGCGGACCAGGAGGUGCGGAAGCUGCAGGAGCUGGUGAAGAAGCUGGAGAAGCAGAACGAGCAGCUGAGGAGCCGCUCGGGGGCCGUGCAGGGCGCCGGCUCCCUCGGGCCCGGCAGCCCCGUUCGGGCCAGCACGUCCACCCCCUCCUCGGGCGCGGCGUCCCCUCGGGGCUUCCCCUUGGGCCUCGGCGCCAAGUCCGGCGGCGCGGCCGGGUCGGGCCCGAGGAGGACGAGUAGCGAGGAGUUGCGGGACGCCGCCUCCUUGCUGGCGGCGGGCGAGAGCGGCUUGCUGGACGAGGUGGAGCCGCUGCGGCCCGAGGAGCUGGAGCGCCUGUCAGGCUGGGAGGAGGAGGAGGAGAGCUGGUUAUAUUCAUCACCAAAGAAAAAACUUACACCAAUGCAGAAAUCUGUUAGUCCAUUAGUUUGGUGCAGGCAAGUUUUGGAUUACCCAAGUCCUGAUGUUGAAUGUGCUAAAAAGUCUCUUAUCCACAAACUUGAUCAAACUAUGUCAGCUCUCAAGAGGCAGAAUUUAUAUAAUAAUCCUUUCAACUCCAUGAAUUACUCAAGUCCAUACAGUCCAAAUGCAAGUAGCCCGUAUAGCAGUGGUUUCAAUUCACCAUCCUCAACUCCAGUGCGACCUCCCAUAGUGAAACAGCUUAUACUUCCUGGGAAUUCAGGUAAUUUGAAAAAUUCAUCAGACAGAAAUCCUCCACUCAGUCCUCAAUCAUCUAUAGACAGUGAGUUAAGUGCUUCAGAAUUAGACGAAGAUUCAAUUGGAUCCAAUUAUAAGCUAAAUGAUGUAACUGAUGUGCAGAUUCUAGCUAGGAUGCAGGAAGAAAGUCUCCGGCAAGAAUAUGCAGCCACCACAUCUCGGCGCAGUUCUGGUUCAUCUUGCAAUUCUACAAGACGGGGUACUUUUAGUGAUCAGGAACUUGAUGCACAAAGUUUAGAUGAUGAAGAUGACAAUAUGCAUCAUGCAGUAUACCCUGCUGUUAACAGGUUUUCACCAUCACCACGCAAUUCACCUCGACCAUCUCCUAAGCAGUCACCCAGAAAUUCACCUCGGUCACGAUCUCCUGCUCGGGGAAUAGAAUAUAGUAGAGUAUCCCCACAGCCCAUGAUUAGCCGCUUACAGCAACCUCGCCUUUCACUUCAAGGCCAUCCUACAGAUUUACAGACAAGCAAUGUUAAAAAUGAAGAAAAACUACGACGUAGUCUUCCAAACCUAUCUCGAACAUCUAAUACACAAGUUGACUCAGUGAAAAGCAGCAGAAGUGACUCAAAUUUUCAAGUGCCAAAUGGAGGAAUACCUCGUAUGCAACCUCAGGCUUCAGCCAUACCUUCUCCAGGCAAAUUCCGCUCCCCUGCAGCACCAUCUCCUCUGGCUCUCCGGCAGCCAGUAAAAGCAUUUAGUAACCAUGGCUCUGGUUCUCCUGGUAGCCAAGAAACAACACAGCUCACGCAAACCACCUCCUCACCUGGGCCACCCAUGGUUCAGAACACAGUCCCUGCAAAUCCUCCCAGCAAUAUCAACAGCAUGACUCUAACCAGACCUGCAGGGACAACCUCAAUGAGAAGUGGCUUGCCCAGACCCAGUGCCCCUUCUGCUGGGGGUAUACCAGUGCCUCGCAGCAAACUUGCACAGCCUGUUCGCAGAUCCUUGCCAGCUCCUAAAACCUAUGGUAGCAUGAAAGAUGACAGUUGGAAAGAUGGCUGUUAUUGACCAGCAACGAAAAGAAUGCAGAGGUCCACAGCUUCAUGGAUACCCCAUCACCAAGCUAACAGACAACUUUUAUAUGCAGACUGUUCAGAUAAGACUCUUGGGAUUUAUACAGUCCCAGCCCUCUCUGUCUUAAUUAGCACAAACUGACAGAGAUGAUCAAGCAGCACUUUAAUGACAUUUAACACCAGACUUGUUUGGUAAUCAUACAAUCACUCUCCAUGGAAUCAUUUUUAGUUUUGUUUACUAGAAACUAAGUUGAUUUUUAAAUAUUUGGCAGAGGCCAAUAUCUGGGCAAAAAACUAACGGAUGCCAAAGAGAAAUGCCCAUUUGUGAAUGAGAGAAUACCUUUGUGCAGAAGAAAAUGGUGAAUUCUAGCUAUCCAAAACUUCACGUUCAACCUAAUUUACUGUAUAAAUAGUACCAAUAAAUACCUGUGUUAAUGCGAAC